AUGAGCUUUCAAGAGAUCUCAUAGCAAAUUGAGGACAUGACCAAUUUCCUUUUAGAAUAAAGUGAUGACAGUUUAGUCAAUGCUUCACCCACUAAUAGAGAGUAAAUCAAUCUGAUUAUUCAUGAUCAGAAAGUGAAAUAGAGAAUAAGUGCUAUGUUGAAACAGAAAAGCAGACAAUAUCCCCAUUAAUAUUUAACUGUCGAAUUAUCAAGUGAGGAUAAUUAUGAAAUUGAACUUGAUUAAGAUGAUAUUAAAUAAGUAACGAGAAUUUUAUAUUAAAAACUUAGGUUUGUGAAAAUUUUGGAGAGGUCAAAUAAGUCUAUACAAAGGUCAAUGGCGCCAAUCAUAAUUAAAUUCAAUUCAGUUUUUGAUGCUUUCAUUGUUUAUAAACUAUUAAACAAACAUUAAAUCAAAGAAUUAGAUGUCACUAUAAAAAUAGAAUUCACUAGUCAAUAAGAUCUUUUAGAAAUUAUGGAAAUUCAAGAUUCAAAUCAAUAGAAGUUUACUUGUAGAUAUGAUGUACAAAUAGACAAUGACAAAGAUUUCCAAGUAGCUCGUAAGAUCAUAGGGGCCAAAGGAUGUAACAUGAAAAAGAUAAUUGAUUAAUAUUUGGUUAAGUUAAGAUUAAGAGGAAGAGGAUCAGGAUAUAAGGAAGGACCUGAAAAAAGAGAAUCCCAAGAACCUUUACAUUUAUGUGUGUCCUCUAAACAUAAUCAUCUCUUUCUUAGAGCCUGUCAAUUAGUAGAACAAUUAUUGAUCAAAAUUUAUGAUGAAUACAAAAUGUUCGGAUUAAGUAAAGGAAAGAAAUCAUUCAAUUUUGGUAUUAAAAAGGUGUAAUAACCAUUAAAAUCGGUAAUAAAACCUAAUUUUAUGCCUGAAUUACCAAACUUCAAUUUUUCAAAUAAUCAAUUCGUUGAUUUUAAUAAUGAGAACAUGAUGGUUUAUUCAAAUUUACCUAAUUAAUUAAUGUGA